UGUCAACCACAUGUACACAGUGGAAACCGACUUCCGUCUGCUACACUUGUUUAUGCUAAUCCCCUCCUCAUUUCCCCUUGACCGGCUGCAUCAACAUUCAUAACUCGGAUUACAAUAUACCGCGGUGUGGAAUAGCUCCCUCGUGACCUUUCCCCACUGUACAAACACGAUCGACCAGCGCGCCGGCAAUUGUGCGCACUGUUUGUUCGGCUUUUAUGCGCACUCAUUCUUCGAGUGCUAAUAUUGUUGAUAAGAAGCGCGGGAGAGACGGGGCGGAGUUUAAAUACGCGCUGACGUCACGUUACGCUGGAGUGAAGAUCUUCUGGAUAGAAUAUAUAAGAUUGGUGUCUUGUGCGGUGUUAGCCCGGUUUUCUUUGGAUACACUUUCAAGUUUGAUCGGUUAAUCUGUUUGACUGCCGACUUAAGACACCGCUUUUUUUGGGAGUGUAUGUUGUUCGACGCUGACUUUCUUCGUGCUGACCUGACACUGUCUCGCUUAAUUCGUCGCUUCCUUAGUCCAAAUUGUGAUCGCCAGCGAUAAGCAUAAUCAGAAGCGCGCCGGAAAUUCCCAUCCCACCGGCAGCAGUACCGCGGGAAGAUGGAGUGGAGCACGGGACCAGUGCCGACCAUCGUCGUGUACGGCUUCCUCUUCUGCACGGCCGUUCUGGGACAGAUUAACGAGCCGCUAUCAGCCGACAAACAGAAACCGAUGGAGCUCCUGUCAGCGGAAACCGGUGUGGACAAACGCACCCUCUUCAACAACAUCCCGCUGAACAUCACCUACCGCGCCCAGCGUAACCCCACCGCCCCGGGGGCCCGUCGAAAGUCCGCCGGCGCCAGCGGCGCCGUCUACGGACUGGGUCGCCAGCACGAUGGCCUGCACUACAUCCUGUACGAGAAGCCCUGGUGGAUGACCUCCUACAACUACCCCACCCUUGUGCCGGCCACCGAGCAGCGUCUGGGCCUAGACAAGCGCAACUUCGACAUGCUGGACACCCCGGGCUUUGAGCGCUUCGAGAAGCGCAAUCUGGACAUGAUCGAUUCACCGGGAUUCGGGCAUUUCGUCAAGCGCAGCGUGAAGAAUCCCGGGAAGGGCGGACAGAAACGGAACUUCGACCAGAUCGACUCGCCGACGGGAUUUAUGGAGUAUUUUCAUUUUUAUCCGUAGCGCCGUUAACUGCUAUUAGAUUUAGUGUAGUAUAUUUUAUUUCUGUUUGAUAGACAAACGUUCCAAAGCUUUUAUUCAUGUGCCGCGUAGUAGCUGCUUGCAAUUUUACUCUCCUAGUCAAAUAUCCAGUUUUUAGAGGUUGUAGCUCUGCUGUUUCGUACGCCGUAUCGGUCCGGAAAGGUCAUGCGUUGUAAGCUAAAAAUGCCAAAGGUCACUAAAAUAAUUCCCCGCUGAUAAAAUGCAUUGCCGCGUAAUAAACUGUCAUAAAAGCCAGAAUAUUCUUAGUACUGUGAAUUGCAGCGUCCUUGCUUGCAAAUAAGUGACUCAAUUAUGUUGUCCAAAAAU